AUGAAAAGAGGGUAUGUAAGUACCGAAUUUGUGUUUUAUCUUAUGUCGCCGAUAUUUCUGUUAGCAUUUGCUCAGUCUCAGUAUUUUGGUUAUAUACUUGCGGUGCUAUCCAUAACCCUUUCGAAUGUCACUCGUGCUUACGCGAUGCUAGCUUACAACAUGCCACCAACGCAACUUGGUUGGAGCAGACCACUUAUCUUUAAUGCCAAUUUUAUGGAGGUUUGUUCAAAUUUAAGCUGA